AUGGCCACACCCACACCCGUAGAAACCCCCGUCGCUCGCCGUCUGCGUACUGUGCGGCAUGUCAUCAUCGUACUCGCGGGUAAAGGGGGCGUUGGCAAAUCUUCUGUCUCCGCGCAACUCGCGCUUUCACUUCACGCAUCCACUCCGACCGCGCGUGUGGGGAUACUUGAUAUUGAUCUCACUGGUCCCAGCAUUCCGCGCAUGCUUGGGCUAGAUGGUCAGGGCGUGCACCAAAGCACAGACGGCUGGGUUCCGGUGUACGCGGAUGGCGCUGAGCAGCGGCUAGCGUGUAUGAGCGUGGGCUUUUUAUUGAAGAAGAAGGAGGAUAGCGUGGUGUGGCGCGGCCCGAAGAAGAAUGCGAUGAUCAGGCAGUUCUUGAGCGAUGUGAGGUGGGGAGAUCUCGAUUAUCUAGUGGUGGACACGCCGCCAGGAACCUCGGACGAACAUCUCUCGCUGCUUGAGCACUUGGCACCUGUGCAUGACAAGCUGUCCGCUGUCGUAGUCACGACACCACAAGCCGUUGCACUCGCAGACGCCCUCAAAUGCGUGUCAUUCACCCGAGCAGUGAAUCUUCCCGUAUUGGGAUUGAUAGAGAACAUGAGCGGUUACGUAUGUCCGUGUUGUGGAGAGGUGUCGAACGUGUUCAGUACUGGCGGCGGGCAGUCCUUCGCCGGCCGCGAGAGUGUUCCCUUCUUGGGAGCUCUACCUAUCGAUACGGAGCUAGUCACGCUUCUAGAUGCGGCGGCGGAGGAGACGGGGAACGGAACCGAAGCGGGUGAGAGGCGCGACGAGACAGGCGUGGUAUUCCGAGUACUGGAGCGCUAUCAGAAAACGAGCAGCGCGAAGCUGUUCGGUCCCAUCGUCGAGGAGAUCUUACGGACGCUGCCCAGGAUAGAGCAGGUCACGAGCUAA